CCCCAGCAAGAUUGCAAGAUCAUCAAAGCGAGAUGUUCACAGUUCCGUUGCCGCUUGGAGAGAAAGACACCAUGAGAGGCUCGGCAUCAUUAAAUUACUUGCUUGGCCCUUAAUAGUUCCUUGUUCCUUGAGUAAUCCUCGUUUGAAACUCCAUGACGGCAUUGGCGGACAAUGAAGCGGCAUCUUUUCCCUCCCACGGCCCCGAACGACGGUCCAUUCCCAAGAAACUUGAGACACUCACUCAAGAAAUCAAAUCCGCCUAUGACAAUGAGCUGACGGCCAUUGCAAGGCGCAUGGGAAUUGACGACACCAUCUCCAAUGUCAGAGCCGAAUCCUUGCGAUCCAAGACGAUCCGAGAACUCUUGGAUCCACAACCCGACAAUCCACUACUAGUAACAACACCAAAACCAGUGCUGUCUUCCAUCAAACUCCAUGUCAUUCAAUCCUGGAACGAUUUGCUGGAUGCUCUGAUCCAGCACAAUGUGUUUUUGGAUUACUGUCAUUCCAUGGAAGAAGCCUUUCGAGAAAUCGAAGAAACACCGCCUCCCGAAGAGACAACCCCCGAAGCCACAAUGGCAGCUAGUGUGGUGUGGUUCCGACAUCAAUGGAAUCUCGUCAGGCUAUUGACGCAUACCGUCGUGAAUCAUUUUCGAGACAAUUGUACCGAAUGUCGAUUCGUGACUUUGCUGGAAGUCACGCUGUCCUAUCAAAAAGCAGUGGUGGAAGACCAGGGAGAUGAGAGGGUGGUAUACCAAUGGAAGCCAUCCAAUGCGGUCCAACGAUUUUGGGUAAGGCUCAGUAUCAAUAUUGAUCCCGAAAUGGCACCAUUUGAUUUUCGGAGAAAAGCCUACGGGGUACUGGUAUCCUUGAGUUGGGUACCCAGCUCCAAAGGACUGCUCGAAGCGUGUUCGAUUGCCGACAGUCGACGAGGAGAACUCCCACCCAAUACACCCGAGGAGGCACGGAGAAUUCUGCACAUGAUCCCCAACCGACCUCUCUCUCGCAAUGACAGUGUCUAUCAAGUCCUCGACCGUCUCAAGGAUGAAACCAACGUCUCGGUUGUCGUUACGGCAUCCGACUACAACAAGGUCGCAGCAUCAGGAAUUGGCAAAACGACUGUGGCAGCCUUGGUGGCCUCGCAUCCCUUGAUUGUACGAUCCUUCAAAGUCCUGUGGCUCAACAUGGAUUACCGGCAACAACAACAUCACCAAGUCAUGGCAAUGCCGCAUGUCCCCGGCCCCCAAAAAGCCAAGCUCGAUUAUGAAACGUAUGUUCGUUAUCUAGACACUCUCUGUGAUCAGCUCGGUUGCAGUCCAAAGGACGGUAAUGCUGAUAAUGAUGAAAAUGCGAGAUUCACCCGAAAGCGACCCGUAUGGCCAGAAGCUCAUUCGCUCAAACGAUUGGAAGAACCUGCCAUGCGUCAUCGGCGAGAAGAACAUUUGAUGCGCAAAGCACAACGCAUCAUGACCAAGGUGGUGCAAUCGACAGGGACCAACAUUCUACUGAUACUGGACGAUGUCAACGAGGGCGAAGAGUUGGAGUGGUUCCACUUCACCGAGAAGCAGUCUCUAUUGGCAACAACCCGCGAAUCCAUACAAAAUGCAGACUUUACGGUCGAAUUGGAUCCAUGGGGAGAAGAGGAAUCCAUUGAACUGUUUCUCUUGGAAGCGCAAUGCCCGGAAUUGGACGCCAUGGCAUCUUCAGCGGAAGUGAAGCAGCUCGUGGCACGGUGCCACUAUCAUCCAAUAAUUGUGCGGACAGCUGCCAGAUUCUUCAUGCUCAAAAAGGUGACGGGUGGACUCGUACCAGCCUUGGAAGAGGCGAACCGAGAAUUUUCGGCGGGCAGCGGCCCCGUGGAGGAAAGCACGUUGGAAGGUUCAGGAGAUGGUCCAGCCUUGGCUCCAACGGUACCAGAGGCUCUUCGAAAACUCUUGGACAAAGUGCUGAGCCCCAUUGUCAGGAGGACAGGGCAGUCUUCCAUCCUUUUCAAGCUCUGUCUUGCGUCCAUGGCGGCCGUGUUUGCCGAACGUCAGCCGGUGCCCUUGACAGCGGUGCUUCUGCUCUGGGAACAGUUGCUGACGAUGGAGCCAGAUGCCAUUGAAGAGUGCGGCGGGGAUGUGACAGCUGGAGAGCUUAGGAGGAGGGCCUGGUUCAUUGCCGAAGGAUUGACUCACAUUGGACUGCUUCGAUUUAGCGAAGGUGGCGAUGGAGACGCUUUCGUGGCCAUUCAUCACGAGAUGUACGUUGCGUAUGCCCUUGAGUUAGUAAAGAAUAUGGAUUUCGGAGAUAGCACAGAGGGAACGUUUGUGCAGUGGCACAAGGCCUUUGUCGCCUCCUAUCUGACCAGAAAGUUUGAAGGCAACAAUUGCGACAGCUCGCACGCGUAUGCUCUGCGAAAUCUCUCCCAGCACAUGCUGUACUGUAAGCUCUAUGUGCAAUCUGUGGCGUUGUUGAGCAACGGGCGCCUUUAUCAAGAACGAGUUGCCGCCUUUGGUCGAGAGGCUGCUACCAAUCAGCAUGUUCAGGAUUGCAUUCAGCUCAUGCUGUGCGUCCGAAGUGACCCCAAAAUCCCCCGUGAACAGCGUGAUGAAGUUGCGACGGAGCAUUUCCAAAAGGUUUCCGCUCUUCUCACCCAGAAUAUGGAUUUGUCCCAGGAGAGCAGUGCUCUAUCUCUAGCCAAAGACCUGUAUGCCAUUGGCUUUGGUCUCGCUGAGAACGGAAAGUAUGUUCAGGCUUUGGAUCUGUAUACCCAGGCCCACGGUCUUGUCCCAAAGUCGAGUUCCUUUGCAGCCACACUGCUCUAUGGUUUGGGCUCGCUGAAUCUCAUCCUAAAUGACUACGGAAAGGCCAUGAAGAGUUUGAUGGCUUCAAUUGCCAGCAUGCGAAUCCUAGGGGAGGACGGCGAGUCUAGUAGCAAACCAAGAAACGCUCUCUUCCUUGCCGUGUCACGACUGCAAGGAGUUGCUCUCAUGGCGCAAUGCAACUAUAAGAUGGCCUUGACGCAGCUCGAAGAAUGCAUGGAGCUGACUUUGCAAGAUGAUGACUUUGAGUGUGAAGUUGAGUAUUCCAUGCUGGCUUAUCACAAAGGCUGCCUUCAUCAAAUCAUGGGAGAGACGGACAUGGCGGCCAAAGAGCUCAUAAACUGCAUCAAAUGGAAGGAGAAAACGGGAGAGGUCAGUAGGAAUCUCGCAGCGGCGCACAUCGCGUUGGCUGACGUUUAUGCUGAGAUGACGAAGUCCCUAGAGGCAAGGCAACAAAUCGAUUUAGCAUUGAAGACGCUCGAACGGGUAGAUACCGAGUUUCCCAAGCUGAAGUACGACGAUGAUGAAGAACUGGAUGUUGAGAAGCUGCUCCUGACGGCCAAACUGCGAACGCUUCGCCCCGACUUGGAAGAUGAUCUGACCAAUUAUGCAUUGAUACGAAAGAAACUCGUGGAGUCCCCCGUACUGCUGAUUGACAAGAGUGCCUACGAUCUACGGUUCAUUGCUCUCGCACACAUGGCAUCCGACGAGCACGAGAAGGCAGUCUCUAUCUUGGAGGAUGCUCUUAAGAUCAUGUCAGACAGAAACGAAUCCUUGGAGCGUGCUCAAUGUCUGUUGAGUUUGGGAAAUUCCUUCGUUGACCAGUCAGAGAACUAUGAAGGGGACGAAAAGAAAGCAAAGACUAUGUUUGAGUUGGCAAUGCAGCUGUUUGAAAUUGCCCUGAAUAUCCAGAAAGCAAAACUUGGAGACUCCAACAAGGUUCUUGAGACUCUAGAUGCAAUUGGAAAUUUGCAUGUGCACCUGGGGCGGCAUGAGAAGGCAAUAUCUGUGUACUCUGAUGCGCUUGCCCUGGGCAAGAAGAUCCACUUCGACGCGGAGAAGUUGGCAGGAAUCCUAUACUUUUUGGGUGAGAGUAGCGAGGCAAUCGGAAGACUUGAUCAAGCAGACGCUUACUACAAGGAGUGCCUGGUGGGUUUGAGAAGUGACAGACCGUCAACUGACAUCGACAUUGCCCGCCCGCUACAACGUCUGGGUGCAAUGAGUCUGAUUAAAGCAAAGUGGGAGGAUGCCAAGCAGAUCUAUUCUGAAAUCCUCGCGAUCCGCGAAGCCAAUUUAGAGGAUGAUGCUGUCCUUUUGGCAGAGACCCGGGAUGUUCUCGGGUUCAUAGAAAUUAAGAGACAAAAGUACGACAGUGCAGCAGAGUUCCUUCAGGGUGCUCUGGACAUCCGGCUCCAACACGAGGACAAUCAACGCGCCAUUGGAGACACACACUUUCAAAUUGGUCUGACUUUCCGAUUGCGAAGGGAGUACGAAACUGCCAUAUCUUGCUUCGAGCGCAGUCUGGCUAUUCUGGACGGUAUUGCAAGCAAAGACGAUCAAAUUAUGGCCAAUGUCGACAUGGCAAUGGGAAACACCUAUCUGAAUCUUGGGGAUCUUGCUCAAGCCUGCAAGCGUUCCCAACAAGCACUUGUUUUACGAAAGUCUGGAUUGGGGCCUGACCACAGAAGAACUGCCAACGCCAACAGAAGUUUGGGAAUGAUCAAGUUCAUGUUGCAGGAGGAACUUGAUGAUGCUUGUUUUUUGCUGCAAGAGUAUGUCCGUAUCACUGAGUUUUUGAAAAGGCAGCAGGCACCAACGUCGGCUGAUCACCAUCGCAAGCCGAACGAGUACGUUGCUGCCCUGAUCAUGUUGGGUGACAUUCAAGUAUCGAAUGGACGACACAAGUUGGCUCGCAAAAUCUUGGCUACGGCUCGAGAGGUCUGCCAUGCGAGGAGCGACGACAAGACCAUCAGUAGCGCACAUCAGAUACCUCCCGCGCUGACACAAAUGGUUCAAAAGAGGUUGUCAGACCUUGCCGCCUCAUCGCACGAUGGAAAACCAAGCAGUCUGGAGCUGGACCCAAAUGAAGUGCAAGUGUUCCAGAGUAUCAUAUUGAGCGACGACUAG